AUGAAAGUCACGCUCAAAGAAUGGAAUGCGGUCGCUACCUGGCGUUGGGAUAUGCCCGAGGAUGAGGUCUGCGGUAUCUGCCGCGUCCAGUUUGACGGGACUUGCCCAACCUGCAAAUUUCCCGGCGACGAUUGCUCAUUGCUGCUUGGGAAGUGCGGCCACUCGUUCCAUAUGCAUUGCCUCAUGACUUGGAUACAACAAGAGUCUUCGAAAGGACUUUGUCCUAUGUGCCGACAGAGUAUAUCUACCCUACAACUCCAAUUACCGUCGGCUAACAGUUGGCUAGAAUUUGAAUGGAAACAGAACGACGAAUAA